GGAGUGACCUGACGUCCGCCAUUUUGUUUUGCGUCUUCGUCUUUGCUAUCAUCUCCGAAGAAAAAUUUUGUCGAGAUUUUAUGGAAUUCCAGAGGUCGUGAAGACGGAUUAACCACCACAGAUCUAUAGAGCAGAAAUGGAAGAUCCCAGCCGUGAACAUUCUUCGGGACAGCUGUGUGUUGGGUAUCCUGGGAAGGUGAUAAGCUUUACUGAGCACCCUGGGAAGAAGGUGCAUGAUUCGGAGCACCCUGUGAAUGAGAGUGACAGUAGGGAGACCCAGACAGCAGACAUGGGCCUGCAGCAGGAAACGUGUGAUGUGAACUUUCCCCAACCUGACAACACAUCAACCUCACAGGUACAGGAGAGCAAAGGCAAGAAGGGAAGCCAUGUGGUUAAACAUACUGGUGAGAAACCCUACAUGUGUGAGGAGUGUGGCUACAGGACAGCUAAGAAGUGUAGCUUAUCCCAACAUAUGAGAACCCAUACAGGACAAAAACCCUUCAAGUGUGACCAGUGUGACUAUUCUGCAGCAACGAAAUGCGCUUUGCACAGGCAUCAAAGAAAGCACACGGGUGAGAAACCCUACAUGUGUGGGGAGUGUGGGCACAGGGCAGCUCAAAGGCAACACUUAAUCCGACACAUGAGAACCCACACAGGGGAAAAACCCUACACGUGUGACCUGUGCGACUAUUCGGCAGCAGAAAAGCAUCAUCUGAUCGACCAUCAAAAAAGACAUUCCGGUGAGAAACCCUACAUGUGUGAGAAGUGUGGGUACAGGACAGCAAAGAAGUGUAACUUAUACGAACAUAUCAGAACUCACACUGGAGAAAAGCCUUACAGGUGUGACCAGUGUGACUAUUCGACAGGACAAAAAUCAACUUUGGGCCAGCAUAUGAAAACCCAUACAGGAGUAAAACCCUACACACCAUUCAAGUGUGACCAGUGUGAGUAUGCUGCUGCACAAAAAGCCAAUUUAGAAAGACAUAUAGCAGCAAAACACACCGUAGAGAAACCCUACAUGUGUGGGGAGUGUGGAUACAGGACUGCUAACAGAUCCCACUUAUCCCGACAUAUGAAAACCCACACGGGGGAAAGACCUUACAUGUGUGACCAGUGUGACUAUUCCGCAGCAGAGAAACAUAAUCUGAUCGACCAUCAAACAACACAUUCCGGUGAGAAACCCUACAUGUGUGAGAAGUGUGGCUUCAGGGCGGCUCAAAGAUCUACAUUAUCCAAACAUAUGAGAAUCCAUACAGGGUAAAAUGCUAAGGUGUGACUGGUGUGACUAUUCUGCUGCACAGAAACCCUCCUUUAACCGUCAUGUAACAAAUCACACAGGUGAAAAGACAUCGAUGUGCGUAGUUUUGGUACAGGGCAACUCAAAUUUCUAAAUAGAAAAGUAUACAAUAACCCACAGAGGAUAAAAAAUAUGACUGUUAUCAAUUGGACUACUCUUUACCUAGGGAAUCUCAUCGUUGUUGUUGCUUUUUGAUAUGCGAAAGCAAACGAAAUUAGCUAAAUCAAAAAUACAAGUGUGACCAAUGUACAUCAUACUGAUUUACCUAGUACCUACAUAGUCCCUCGACCUCCGGGUUUUGUUGGGGGUGGGGGGGGGGGGUUAUGUAGUGGGGUCGAGGAAGCCAGCUUAGUAUUUUUUAAAUGUAAAGCAUACAUACAUAAGCAUACAAUGUAGAUCAUACAACGUUCCUCUCUUAAAACGUGAAAAGCUGUAUGGUGGAUCAUACCCUCCUGGUGUGACCAUGCUAACUAUAGUCUUAGGGCGUUGUCACAUAGGUCGUGCAAUCGUCGUACGAUCGCUAACGUAGGGCAUUUUGGAAAACAAAAAUGUACUUCUCCUUCAAAGCUCAACUUUCCUGAUACAGAAAAUGGUGUUUUGGACCCAUGUCGGUGGUUGGUUCUG